CCUGGCGCCGCCGUCGGAGCCAUUUCUCCGCCGCCUCCACGCGAGCUGCGGUGUGUUUGCCGGGUGUUUCUGACGAAGGCAGCGGCCACCGGCGGUCCUGAGAGGGCUGUGUUCUCGGACGCCAGGAAGCGGACGCCGGUUGGAAGAAGACACUUGAAUCAUGGGUGAUGUUAAAAAUUUUCUGUAUGCCUGGUGUGGCAAAAGGAAGAUGACCCCAUCCUAUGAAAUUAGAGCAGUGGGGAACAAAAACAGGCAAAAAUUCAUGUGUGAGGUUCGAGUGGAAGGUUAUAAUUACAUUGGCAUGGGCAAUUCCACCAAUAAAAAAGAUGCACAAAGCAAUGCUGCCAGAGAUUUUGUUAACUAUUUGGUUCGGAUAAAUGAAGUAAAGAGUGAAGAAGUCCCAGCUGUUGGGGUAGCACCUCCUCCACCCCCACUUACUGAUACACCUGACGGCACAGCAACUCCUGGUGGAGGUUUACCCACAACCAUGGGAGGGCCUCUUCCUCCACAUUUGGCUCUUAAAGCAGAAAAUAAUUCUGGAAUUGGGGCCUCUGGUUAUGGUCCUCCCGGCCCCACCUGGGAUCGAGGGGCCAACUUGAAGGAUUAUUAUUCAAGAAAGGAGGAACAAGAAGUACAAGCGACUUUAGAGUCAGAAGAAGUGGAUUUAAAUGCUGGGCUUCAUGGAAACUGGACGUUGGAAAAUGCUAAGGCUCGUCUGAACCAGUAUUUCCAAAAGGAAAAGAUCCAAGGAGAAUAUAAGUACACCCAAGUGGGUCCUGAUCACAACAGGAGCUUUAUUGCAGAAAUGACCAUUUAUAUCAAGCAGCUGGGCAGAAGGAUUUUCGCACGUGAACAUGGAUCAAACAAAAAACUGGCAGCCCAGUCCUGUGCCCUGUCACUUGUCAGACAACUCUACCAUCUUGGAGUAAUUGAAGCUUACUCUGGACUUACAAAGAAGAAAGAAGGAGAAACAGUGGAGCCUUACAAAGUUAACCUCUCACAAGAUUUAGAACAUCAGCUGCAAAACAUCGUUCAGGAGCUAAAUCUUGAGAUCGUGCCCCCGCCUGAUGAUCCUUUUAUGCCUGUCGUACUGAACCUUGGCAAAUUGGCUCACUUUGAGCCAUCCCAGCGACAAAACCAAAUGGGUGUGGUUCCUUGGUCACCUCCACAAUCCAAUUGGAAUCCUUGGACUAGUAGCAACAUUGAUGAGGGGCCUCUGGCUUAUGCUACUCCAGAACAAAUAAGUAUGGAUCUCAAGAAUGAGUUAAUGUACCAGCUGGAACAGGAUCAUGAUUUGCCAGCAAUCUUACAGGAGAGAGAGUUGCUGCCUGUGAAGAAAUUUGAAAGUGAAAUUCUGGAAGCAAUUAGUCAAAAUUCAGUUGUCAUUAUCCGAGGCGCUACUGGAUGUGGUAAAACCACACAAGUUCCACAGUUCAUUCUAGAUGACUUCAUCCAGAAUGACCGAGCUGCAGAAUGUAACAUUGUGGUAACUCAGCCCAGGAGAAUAAGUGCAGUUUCUGUGGCUGAGCGGGUUGCCUAUGAGAGAGGAGAAGAGCCCGGAAAAAGCUGUGGCUAUAGUGUUCGAUUUGAGUCAGUCCUUCCCCGUCCUCAUGCCAGUAUAAUGUUUUGUACUGUCGGUGUGCUCCUACGAAAAUUAGAAGCAGGCAUUCGAGGAAUCAGUCAUGUAAUUGUAGAUGAAAUACAUGAAAGAGACAUAAAUACCGACUUCCUUUUGGUAGUGUUGCGUGAUGUGGUUCAGGCUUAUCCUGAAGUUCGCAUUGUUCUCAUGUCUGCUACUAUUGACACCAGUAUGUUCUGUGAAUAUUUCUUCAAUUGCCCCAUCAUUGAAGUUUAUGGGAGGACUUACCCAGUUCAAGAAUAUUUUUUGGAAGACUGUAUUCAGAUGACCCACUUUAUUCCUCCACCAAAGGACAAGAAGAAGAAGGAUAAGGAAGAUGAUGGUGGUGAGGAUGAUGAUGCAAAUUGCAACCUCAUCUGUGGUGAUGAAUAUGGUCCAGAAACAAAGAUGAGCAUGGCUCAGUUGAAUGAAAAAGAAACCCCUUUUGAACUCAUUGAAGCUCUUCUUAAGUACAUUGAGACCCUUAAUGUUCCUGGAGCUGUGUUGGUUUUUCUGCCUGGCUGGAAUUUAAUUUAUACUAUGCAGAAGCAUUUGGAGAUGAAUCCACAUUUUGGGAGCCAUCGGUAUCAGAUUCUACCUCUGCAUUCUCAGAUUCCUCGAGAGGAACAGCGCAAAGUAUUUGAUCCGGUACCAGCUGGAGUAACCAAGGUUAUUUUGUCCACAAAUAUUGCUGAGACUAGCAUUACCAUAAAUGAUGUUGUUUAUGUCAUUGACUCCUGCAAGCAGAAAGUGAAGCUCUUCACUGCCCACAACAAUAUGACCAACUAUGCUACAGUAUGGGCCUCCAAAACAAACCUUGAGCAGCGGAAAGGACGAGCUGGCCGCGUGCGGCCUGGAUUCUGCUUUCACCUGUGUAGUCGAGCUCGUUUUGAGAGGCUCGAAACCCACAUGACACCUGAGAUGUUCCGAACACCAUUACAUGAAAUUGCUUUGAGCAUAAAACUUCUGCGUCUGGGAGGAAUUGGACAGUUCCUGGCCAAGGCGAUUGAACCGCCGCCUUUGGAUGCUGUGAUCGAAGCGGAGCACACUCUUAGAGAACUUGAUGCAUUAGAUGCCAAUGAUGAGUUGACUCCUUUGGGACGAAUCCUGGCUAAACUCCCCAUUGAGCCUCGUUUUGGCAAAAUGAUGAUAAUGGGAUGUAUUUUCUACGUGGGAGAUGCUGUCUGUACCAUCUCUGCCGCCACCUGCUUUCCAGAGCCUUUUAUUAGUGAAGGAAAGCGACUCGGUUAUAUUCAUCGAAAUUUUGCCGGAAACAGAUUUUCUGAUCAUGUGGCCCUUUUAUCAGUCUUCCAAGCUUGGGAUGAUGCUAGAAUGGGUGGAGAAGAAGCAGAGAUACGCUUUUGUGAGCACAAAAGACUCAAUAUGGCUACACUGAGAAUGACCUGGGAAGCCAAAGUUCAGCUCAAAGAGAUUCUGAUUAAUUCUGGAUUUCCAGAAGAUUGCUUGUUGACGCAAGUGUUUACUAACACUGGACCAGAUAACAAUUUGGAUGUUGUUAUCUCUCUCCUGGCUUUUGGUGUGUACCCUAAUGUGUGCUAUCAUAAGGAAAAAAGAAAGAUUCUCACCACUGAAGGGCGUAAUGCCCUUAUCCACAAGUCGUCUGUUAAUUGUCCUUUUAGCAGCCAAGACAUGAAGUACCCAUCUCCCUUCUUUGUAUUUGGUGAAAAGAUUCGAACCCGAGCCAUCUCUGCUAAAGGCAUGACCUUAGUCACUCCUCUGCAGUUGCUUCUCUUUGCCUCCAAGAAAGUCCAGUCUGAUGGGCAGAUUGUGCUUGUAGAUGACUGGAUCAGACUGCAAAUCUCUCAUGAGGCUGCUGCCUGCAUCACUGCUCUCCGGGCGGCCAUGGAGGCUCUGGUUGUUGAAGUAACCAAACAACCUAAUAUCAUCAGCCAGUUGGACCCUGUAAAUGAACAUAUGCUAAAUAUGAUCCGCCAGAUCUCUAGGCCCUCAGCUGCUGGUAUCAACCUCAUGAUUGGCAGUACACGGUAUGGAGAUGGUCCACGUCCUCCCAAGAUGGCUCGCUACGACAAUGGAGGUGGAUAUAGACGGGGAGGUUCUAGUUACGGGGGUGGAGGCUAUGGCACAGGAGGCUAUGGAGGGGCUGGAGGCUAUGUUGGUAGCGGAGGCUACGGCGGCGGCGGCGGCAGCGGCUAUGCUGGUGGCUCCAACUCCUACCGCGGAGGCUAUGGCGGAGGCUACAGAGGAGGUGUUGGCGGUGGCUAUAGAGGUGGCUCCGGAGGAGACUUCAGAGGGUCGAGUGGAGGAGGCUACAGAGGAACGGGGGGAUUCCAGCGAGGGGGUGUUAGAGGGGGCUAUGGGAGUGGUUAUUUUGGACAAGGAAGGGGGGGAGGUGGUGGCUAUUAAAACUUGUUAUGUCAGUGCCUAUGCAUAGACAGUUUAAAAAAAAAAAAAUGCAUGCUACCUGUUUUCCCAAGUUGUUUAUUUGAUGCCAGUAAGUAAACCCAUUUUCCACCCAUUUUGUGGCUCAUUAUAGUUUAAGGAAACCAAGCAUAUAGAUAACAUUAGUGCUUUUGUUUAUAUUAUGUAAAAUACACUGAUUCUAAAACUACCACAGUUUGUAUUUUUUCUUUAAGGAGUAAAGAUAUGCCUUUAAAAUUAACUUGAUAUUUUCUUGGCUUUAGUUUAAUACAAUAGAAAAUAAAAGUAUUAUACCAAAUACUGGCCAUGUAGUUCAUUGUUGACAUUACACGUCAUGUUGUUGACGUUAUUCUGUUACUUUUAGUAUUUAGAAUAAAUAGCCUUGAAAUAGAAUUCUUCUUCCAGUAAAUACUGGCCAGUGCACAAUUUCACAUGGACCUCUACCCCUUAAUAAAACUUGAUCUAGGGCUGAACAUUUUUAUUUUUUCCCAGCUUUGUCUUUGAGAAAUCUAAGACCAAUGUAAGCAUUCUCUUUUUUAAGUUUGCAGUUGAAAAUUAAUUUGAAUUAGACCUAAAAAUUAACCCACAAAAUUCUUGAAUUAAGGUUAUGUUUAGUUGAAGAAUGAAGGUAAGUGAAUUGUCACUAAUGCAUCAAGUUUAUUUUAGUAGAGAGGUUUAUACAUGUAUAACAUUUUAUAGUUCAAUAAAUGUUCAUGUUUCUCAUUUGAGAUCUAGCACAGUACAGUAGAGGUCACAAAGGCGUUGGAUUUAAUAGAUGUGGACUCAUAUCUUAAAGCUGCUCUGGGACACAUGAAUUAUCUUGGGCAAGUUACAUUGUACAUUAGAGUCCUUUGCAAAAAUCUUAUUUUAUAUGUCCUUUAGAUAAUGUUGAUCAGCUGAUUAUUCCUGCCUGCUUACAGAGUCUCAGAUCUAUAUCUCCACCUGAGAUUUCCUUUCCAGACUGAAGAAAACCAUCUAAUUCAACCUUUGCCCUAUCUUAUGUUGAACUGUGUGUGGUUUUUUAGGGUUUUUUGUUGUUGUUGUUUUGCUUUUUAAUCAUGGAAGUUUCAGCUACUUAAUUGCCAAAGCCUUAGUAAAUUACCACAUGUAGUUAGUUCUAUUCCCAAAACACCUUCCAUUUGUGCUUUUGUAAGCCAACUACCUGCUCUAUUCCAGCUCUCAUUAACUUGGAUGUACAGUGAUGCAGCAACCUCUUAACUGGUCUUCCUGCUGGAAGUCCUCCUGUCUACAAUCCAUUUCUCCAUUUGACAGCCAGAGUAAACAUUCCCAUUCAGAUCUAAUACCACUGCCACCCCACCCCACCCCCACUCCCGGCCUAAACCAGUUCUGUUCCUGUUCUAGCCUCAGUCAUCCUUACCAGCUCUCCUUACCAGCUUUGUCACUGCACCAUGCUUUCUCUCUCCUUUCAUGCACGUUGUGGAAACUCGUACCACAGAAAGUAAAAAUUCAUUAAUGCCUCGCUUAACUGGUGCUCAUUUCUCCAAUGACUUGUUAGAAAUGAGAAAUUAAGAUGACCAAAAUGGUGGAGAGAGAUGUCAAAUUACAUUCUCUAAAGCUUUUAAGAACAACUUAGGCGUAGUUCUAAUAAUCUUUGAGUCUUUGGCUAAAAACCUUAGGAAGUGCCUAUGCAGAUUUCUCUAAUUCUUCUCGUUGUGAUUGUCUCCUUUCUGUAUUCUGCCCCAUAAAUCGUAGCUAUCCUCCCUCAACCAGCCUCUGUCUCUUCAGCUCCAUGAGACUGCUUGUGCUCUGCUUCAUUCUUUAUUCCUAUGCCAUGAUCUAUCAAAAUACCUUCACAGAAAGCCUGGGUGAUCAUAGGGCUCGUCUCAUUUGUUUCCCUUAAUUUGAUGAUCACAGUCCUGCAUUGUUUGAUUCCUGAAAGCAGCUGAUUCAGAUACAUAUGCACAAACAUAUGCAUAUGAAGAUCUUUAUAUAGAUCGUUUUUUUUUAAGAAAUCAUUUUUAAAAAAUCAUUUGGUUUUCUAGUUGUUUACAUGGGAGUGGGAAGGAAAAUAAAUAUCAGACUGUUAUCACUGUAAGUAGAAGUCAAUUUAAGUCAGUUUUAAUUGUCAGUCCAUUAUAACAUCAUAUCCAGAAAUCAUUCCUUCGAGAGAAUGAUCAGACUUAUGGGACAGAAGACCACAUGGAGUUUUUUGUGGCAUAUUAAUACCUGAAGAUUCACCCAAUGUGUUACGGUUCCUUUCUCAAACAUUCCUCUGUAAUCUGCCUAGAACAAAAAGAAUAUUCAGUUAAAGGGAUGUUGCAGCAGGUGCAAGAUGACUGGAAAGUGUUUCCAAGAUGAGAGCUGAUUGCACCCCUCUCCCAUUUAGGAGAGUAUGGGGGAGAGAAUUUGCAAAGAAAGAAUAUGUAGAUCAUCACAUACAUUGGGGUUUGGCAGUAUAGUGAGAGUUGGCACUGAGAAAAUUGGGUCUGCCCUUCUAGAAAUUCAGGCAGGGAUGAGAAUGGACCUGAAUGUGAUGGCAUCUUCACUAUGUACUUAGAAGCUUGAAGAUUAUAGCAGCGACAGCCCAGCAGCUUUCUUUGAGGCCUGAGGCUGGGGGUGAUGUAGAAGGGAAUUGUAAAUUUCCUUUGGGUCCAGAGAGAGGUCAAAAAGUUAACUGGGAGCUUAAGUUGACGUGCCAUUUCCAGGAAGCCAUGCUGAAGAGCUCUCUGUGCCUAGAGACUGUGUUGGCAUGUAUUUGUUAGCAACGGCUGCAAUUUAUUGGGAUUUCCUAUGCUGUGGAGCUGCACAUAAAACCCUCGGGACAUCACCUAUGCCAAAGGCACAGACCAGGAGAACAUGAACAGUGUGUCAGCUUAGGAUCAGCACAGACAACUAGAAAGAGGACAUCAACUGUAGCAAAUCCCGUAUUUGAAAGCCAGUUGGUUUCCUUGCCUUUGAUUCUAUAAGCAGAAUUGGGAUUGUAGGGCAGUAAAGGACACUAGGAAUGAAAUUUUGAAUUGCACUGAAACUGACAUAGGUUUUGGUUUUGACUGGAAAUAUGAUUCUUGAUUUCCAGUGGAUUUACCUGAAAGACACAUUUGGCCAGAAGACAGGAGUGUUAUUUAGUGUGUUUGUGUGCCUUUGAUAAUUGUGGACUGUCCUGUUAGGUAUAGUGUAAAAGGUUUCUGACUCACAUGGGGAAAAUUUACUGUUGAAUCCUUCAGAGCAAACUGAGGUUAUCAGACUAUUUUAGUGAUGAUUUCACUAAAUCUACCUCCUGGGAAUUCUUCCUGGGAAGAAUCUACUUCAUGGGAAUUCAUUAGGGUGGGAAACUAGAACAAGUUGGUCACUCUGGGAUUAAUGUUAAUGGGAGAUCAUUCAGGAAUUUCCAAACUUUGCAAUUGCAUUUAUUUCCUUGAAACCUAGAAAUGAAUUUAAGUAUGGAGGUAAUAAAGGAAUUGUUUGUAUAAUCCAGUGUCUAACACUUCUGACUUUAACCAGUAAACCUGUAUUUUCCUUGGAACCUGUAAAAAUUAAAAUAAUUACACUUAGUGAUUAUUUUUUAAUAUUUUAGUAACUAUUCAAAUGACUGAAAAUUUACACUUUUAAAAAAAAUUAUUUAUUUAUUUGGCGACAUUAUGAGUAGGCAGUAAGGCAGGCAGAGAGAAAGGAGAAAGCAGGCUCCCCACGGAGCAGAGAGCCCCGAUGUGGGGCUCCAUCCCAGGACUCUGGGAUCAUGACCUGAGCCACCCAGGUGCCCUGAAAAUUUAUACUUUUAAAAUAAGAAAUACAAUAGGAUUUGGUUAACCUUCUGAUCUAAAUAAAAUUUAAAUUUUUUUGGCAUUAGUAAUAGUUUUGAGCAUUUCAAAAUAACCUAGAAUUUCUUUUUUUUUUUUUAAUAACACUUUUUUUUUUUUUAAGAUUUUAUUUAUUUGACAGGCAGAGAUCACAAGUAGGUAGAGAGGCAGGCAGAGAGAGAGGAGGAAGCAGGCUCCCUGCUAAGCAGAGAGCCGGAUGCGGGGCUUGAUCCCAGGACACUGGGAUCAUGACCUGAGCCAAAGGUAGAGGCCUUAACCCACUGAGUCACCCAGGCGUCCCUAACCUUGAAUUUUUAAUAAUAUCUAUCAGUGGCUUCAGAAUUUUACUGGUAAAUUUUCAAAAUGUGCAUCUUAUGCAGCCACAAAAUCUGAAAUCACCAAAAAAUGUAUAUUGUCAUAAUGUUCAGUAUUAAAAUACUGAGUUACACAGUUUCCUGAGUUUUCUACAGAACAAAUCAGUUUUCCAUAGAAAAAGCAACAUAUGUUUGCGACUUUGGUUGAACAAUAAUAUGUGAAAGGAAACUUAAAUGUUACCCAAAUCAGUGGUCGUAAGCGUGGACUGAGAGGCUUCUUUGAGAAUAUGGUGAUAGCUAUGGGCUGUCCACCAAAAGGCAGGUACAUAAAAUUUACUUAAAAUCUCAGUAGUUCACAGACUCGAGACCUGUCUAUAUGUUUAUGUUUAAGAACACCUGAUUCGGUUCAGUCACUGAAAGCAUAGUAUAUUAAUGUAGUUUUCUCAUUUUUUACUUCAAUACUUUGGAAUAUUUAGACCUGUCCUCAAGUGCAGUGCUUUCUGGUUGUAACUGUUCAGUCUAGAAGAGAACACUUUGAGAUAGGUGUCUCACCAAGAAUGGCAAUUUGCUCCUUAUAAUCAGAGCCUUUUGUCUGUGUCCUGUGCUGCCAGAGGAAUGUCUCAGUCUUUUGAUCUGUAGCCACCUGCCAUUUUCACUGCCUCUACUUCAUGAACCGACAACAGGCUCUAGUAUUGUGGGUCCCAUUCUGCUCUACAGUUGAGUCUCUACCCUAGCUGCUGCUGGCGUCGUAUGGAAAAAAAGGAAGUCUUCACCCCACACCAGUCUCAUAAAAAAAAAAGGGAUUAAAAAUCAUCCCUUUUCAUUCCACAUCGCAGGCCACUCUUCUAAUCUUGAUUCGUCCAGUCUCCACCUUAAGAGUCCUCUAACAUUUUCAUCCCAGCAACUUGAAAGUCCUGGAUUGUAAAUCUUACCUGUUUGUAGCAUAGGCAGAGACCCAUUCGUACCGUUAUUUAACACAGUUACUACUUGGAAUGCACAUGCAGUGUGGGAUGUAAUGUUCCUAAGACCAGUGUCCGUACUCUGAAACUUACAGUCUAGUAGGAAAGCCAGAUAUGUACACAAAAGGGAAGGGCGGAGCAGAAAUAUAGAACCUUCCCUCCUUUUGGUGAGACUGAAGAACAGGCAGGAGAAAUUCAAAGCAGAGAGGGACUCCCAUCAAUUGGUAAUGCCUCUGAAGAUGGAGGAAGGAAGCCAUAACCCAGGGAACGCAGCUGCCCAUCAGAAGCUGGGAGCAGCCCUCAGCUGACAACUGCCAGAGAAACGUCUAAAUCCUACAACUGCAAAAAAAAAAAAAAAACCAACCCCACCAGCUACCCAAACGCACAGGAAAGAAAGUUCCUAUCAACACCUUGAUUUAAGCCACUGAAACCCAUGUCAGACUUUAGCCUACAGAAGAUAAAUUGGUGUUAAAUCUUUAAAGUUGUCAUUUGUUACACUGGAGGGGAAAGUAGAGAUGGGAAGGUAAAGGAGAUGUGAAAUACUAAAUUUCUUACAUGCUUUUGCGUGCUUGAGAAACCUGAGAAUAGGGAAAACAACGUACUCGAAGUGGGCCUGGAAAAGAAAUUGGUUGGAAACCACUGGCGGCAGCACACAGAAGGCAGGUGACCGGUGAGUGCGUGUUGUGCUCAUGCAAAGCGCUUGCUCUUUUUGCUCUCAAAAGAUCCUUUGUCCAUCACUCUUCUGGGAGCCGAAAACAGGUAGAGGGAGAUGAUUGGAAGGGAAAAUGCCUCCCCUUACAGCUCAUUAAAUUGAUUAUAGAAAGACCGUUCUUGUUAAAGCCUCUAUGAAAAUACCUGCAAUUAUCUCAUGUCACUCAGUGAACAAGACCUUGUGUAAAAAAAAAAAAAGAA